UCCCGGGAGCGUAGAGCGAACGGGAGAAAAGGUGGUGUUUUUCGUUUAGCGAGCCCGUGAACUGUGUUGGAUGGUGUUGUAUACGUAGAGAAAAUACAUAGACGAUCCAGGUAAGAUUAACUUAGGAUUAGGAUUGGUAUGGCAAGGAUCGAAUGCCCACCCGUGCUUCGGCCGAAUUGGUGUGUGAUCUGGUAUUUGCGAUACUUGAUUGCUUCUUGAUUUUUUUUUGUUUUGUUUUGGUUGAUGUUUUAUGAGUUAGUUUGCGAGAUUGAUCGCUAAACGAGUUGAUUCGUGUGGUGUGCAGGUUUAGUGAUCGGUAUGGAGUUCGGCAACGACGUCCAGAUCAGAAUGGAUGCUGGUGUGCACAGCGAGCAAUCGUUCGGCGAACCUGCUCUCCCGCGGCUGCUGAUCGAGGUGCCCCCGCAGGUCAUCGACGGCUUCGACUGCGUCGGCGGCGUCGGCGGCGCCACCGCCACGCUGAGCGAGCAGAGCAAGGAACUCGAACUGGUGGGUGAGGAGAAGGACAUUGUGAUUAGUAUCCCGGAGCCGGUGAACUCUCCACGGUGUGCCUCUGUGUCGGCGGCGUACGAAGACGACGGCGGGCAGAUGCCGUACUCCGUGUCGCUGAGCAUGCCGGCGUCGCCGUCGGGGUUCCACUUGUCGCAGUUCGGGAUGGCGGCGGCGACGAAGGUGCCCGCGGAGACGACGAGGUUCGACGCCGCCCACCCGGCGGCGGUGGGGCGAGUGGAGGCGCACUCCCCGCGGCUGCUGAUGAAGCAGACGCGGUUCCACUCGCAGCCCAUCCUGCACCUGUCCAAGAACGGCGAGACUCGGCGGUGCGACAGCGGCGCGCGCGACAAGCGGUUCGACCAGUUCAAGACCUUCUCCGGCCGCCUCGAGCGGCAGCUCUCCAACCUGCGCGGCCGGCCGCCGCAGGAGCAUAUGAUCGGCGGCCAGGCCCCCGAGCCGAACAUCGCCGAGGAGGAGACGGAGCAGGUCCCCGCCGCCGACCGCUACUUCGACGCCCUCGAAGGCCCCGAGCUCGAGACGCUCCGGGCGACGGAGACGACGGUGCUGCCCAAGGAUGAGAAAUGGCCGUUCCUGCUGCGGUUUCCGAUCAGCGCGUUCGGGAUGUGCCUCGGGGUGAGCAGCCAGGCGAUCCUGUGGAAGACGCUGGCGUCGGCGCCGCCGACGGCGUUCCUGCACGUCAGCCCGGUGGUGAACCACGUGCUGUGGUACGUCGCGCUGGCGCUGAUGGCGCUCGUCACCUCCAUCUACCUGCUCAAGAUCGUCUUCUACUUCGAGGCGGUGCGGCGGGAGUUCUACCACCCGAUCCGCGCCAACUUCUUCUUCGCGCCGUGGAUCGCCUGCCUCUUCCUCGUGCAGGGCGUGCCGCGGCCGGUGACGGAGGUGCACCACGGCGUCUGGUACGCGCUCAUGGCGCCCAUCUUCUGCCUGGAGCUCAAGAUCUACGGCCAGUGGAUGUCCGGCGGCCAGCGCCGGCUGUCCAAGGUGGCCAACCCGUCCAACCACCUCUCCAUCGUCGGGAACUUCGUCGGCGCGCUGCUCGGCGCCCGGAUGGGGCUCCGCGAGGGCCCCAUCUUCUUCUUCGCCGUCGGCCUCGCCCACUACAUGGUCCUCUUCGUCACGCUCUACCAGCGCCUCCCCACCAAUAUCACCCUCCCCAAGGAGCUCCACCCCGUCUUCUUCCUCUUCGUCGCCGCCCCCAGCGUCGCCUCCAUGGCCUGGGCCAAGAUCCACGGCGAGUUCGACUACGGCGCCCGCAUCGCCUACUUCAUCGCCCUCUUCUUGUACAUGUCACUGGCUGUGAGGAUCAACUUUUUCAGGGGAUUCAAGUUCUCGCUGGCGUGGUGGGCGUACACGUUCCCGAUGACCGGCGCGUCGAUCGCGACGAUCACCUACGCGACGGAGGUGACCAACGUGCUCACGCGGGCGCUCUCCAUCGGCCUCUCCGGCAUCGCCACCGUCACCGUCGCCGGCCUGCUGGUCACCACCAUGUUCCACGCCUUCGUGCUCAGGGACCUCUUCCCCAACGACGUCUCCAUCGCCAUCACCCGCAAGAAGCCCAAGUUCAGCAAGAUCCUCGCGCACUUCCGCUCGUCCAGCUCCGACAUGAAGGAGCUCGUGCUCUCCAUCUCCAAGCCGCAGAAUAACUCCGACUCCGACUCGUCGGUGUCGUCGAAGGCCACCGCGACCGAUCCGUCGGUGACCAGAGUCAAAGCGGACAUCUGAAUCGCCCUAAAAGUAUAGCUAUCUCGUCAUUAGCUGUACAUAAAUUCUUUAAGUAUAUAAGACGGCAUGGAUAUCCUUGGAGCAGAGCAAUUCUGUGAUGAUGAGGAUAUAAUGUGAGGCAAGUAGGUCGACAGGCAGUUUGUAAAAUUACGGAUGUGUAAGCUUUGUAAAAUAAACUUUGAACAUUUUUUUUCUAUGGCACUGCAAACUUGGACCUGAAUUGCGUAACCAUAUGGUUUUUGAAUCGAUUC